AUGGGUGUGUUGGACAAGCUUACUAUUGCCGUUGUUGGUACCCAUCCCCAUGAUACUAAACAGAUCAAAGCCUGGAUCGAGCGAAAUGGCGGCAAAUACUCUGCAAAGGUGAACAAGAGCGUCACUCACCUCAUCGCCAGUAAAGAGGCAUACAAAAAACCCGCCGACGCUGUACAACAAGCCACCGACCUCAACAUCCACGUAGUCAGCUAUGACUGGUUCGACGACUCGUUGCAAGCGAAGAAGAAGUUGGGUACUAGGAAGUACACGUGGGAAGUACUUAUGAAAGAGAGGAGGAAGAAGAAAGAGCUCAAGAGGAUAGGUACUCUAGCGGAUGGCAGUAAGUUCAGGAAAGGUUGUGAGAACAUCGAAGGGUUGACUGGAUCAGGUACGUCGAAGGCUUCUCGUAUUGUUGCGAGAAAACCGAGGAAGAGCAAGAGCUUCUUCUUUGCCACGUCUGCCCCGGCAGUUCCUUCAAUCCCCUUCAUUUCCGCGAAACAAGACCUCUUACGUAGGAGAGCGGAAAGAGAGACUGCAUUGGCUGAGGGUACUGGAGCUGGAGCUUGUGAGGACCAGGUAAAGAACUCUAUUGAAGUCAUGGAUGACACUCCAAGCCCGGCCAGCCAAUCUCCAAAGCCUGUCGCUCUUAUCCAGACACCUCUCAAGCAAUCCAAGCCCCGUGGUACCUCCAAGAAAGUACCUCAAGCUAAGAUUUCUCACUGGAAAGAGGAUUAUCACUACUAUCAAGAUACGGACGGCUUCGAAUACAAGAUCCUGCUUGUACGCGUGGACAAUCCUCCCUACGGCUCUGCAAACUACAAGCCUGCCAAAAUCUUACCGGCAGCAGAGAAGGAAGAGAAGGAAGAUGUCAAACGACAAGUAUCUCUUAGCAGCGAAGAAUUUACUCAGCACCCCGAAGCAAAUCGUCUACUCUCCCUCAUCACCAAGCCAGCUCCAACACCCGAGGCUCCGUACAACGGCGAGCUAUGCCCUCGCGGCAGUGACUUCGCUACCGCCAUGCGCUCAUUCCGACACGCCUUCCGCGACCUUACCCUCCUCUCCUGGGAAGAACGCUUCGACGACGAUAAGACCCUCCAGAAAGCGCGCGCCCAAAUCCUCAACAUCGAGCCCUUUUGGUACGGAAAACCGAAAAUAGGCAUGCCAAUGGGCAAGUAG